UGUUGAGAAAAUGGGCAGAGAUUCUGUCAUGGUGUCACCUCUGAGGAGCCAUCGAGCUAGCCUGUGUUUGGCAAACAGGCAGAUGAGGUUUUCCACUGGACCUGCAGACGGAUGUGGAAGCUGCUGCAUGAAGAGGAGGCCGGCCAGAUCUGCCUGAAGCCAGAUGGCAACAGGAUGCCGCCUUAACCUAUACUGCAGUCUGUGUUCAGCCAUCUUUCUAUACCCCUGUAUCUCCACUUGGUGAAGAUGCAGUCCGUUUGAUUUUCGUGGAGAUGUUUCUAAACAGGACCUCCUCCGCCCUGUUUCCAUGGUUACUGUGGCUGCUGUUCCUCCCGACCCCUGCCACUGCGACAACAGGCUCCACCCCUACCUCCGCCGCCUCACCACCAGCCAAUACCACGCUGCUGUUCGACAGCGGCGCCCCCGGUCACAGCUUGCGGAAUUGCAGCUGCUCCACCCCCAUCCAAGAGUGCGACGAGGCCCUGGCGAACUUACUGUGCAGCUGCCGCACUGUCCCGCGCUCGGCACUGCCCCCUGCUGGGCUGAGAGAGCCUGGAUCGCUUAUUGUCUGGCUGAAGGAGACCUGGAUCCUCGAGGAGCUGCUCAACAGGAGCAUGAUUGGUCAUUUGCACCUGUCAUUUUGUGGAAUAAACCCACUGGACAGCCAAUACUUGGCUCUAAUAGGACUGCAGACCCUGAGGAUCCACAGUGCAGUCCCAGGAGUCCCGUACCCCAACCAGAAAAUUACAGUGGCCCCUGCAGCAGGAGCUGAGGUGGAGCUUGAGUCCCUGUCCUCCUCUGCCUCCACCUCCUCCUCCUCCUCCUUCUCCUCCUCCUCCUCCUCCUCCCCGCCUUCGUCCUCCAUCUUCCACAUGACUGUUCUGGAUGUAGCAGCACUUAAUGGGCUCUCUGCCCUAAAGGCGUACAGUGUGGUUGGGCCACCGAUAUCCACCCUCUCCCAGCACUUCCCCCACCUGCCUGUAGCCGUUCCUCUGCCAUCCUCGGCUCCCCACAAUGAUCCCACAGAGCCUGGUGAGCAGGCUGCAGAGCCUCAGUACAACUGCGUUCUCACCUUUGUCUACUAACAAGAGCUUUUUCAUCAAGGCCACCAUCAACGCUGCACUGCAAGUCACGCAUGGCGCAGGGGAAUUAUUUACUAUGCAGCUGGAUACUCGUCAUCAUGUGAAGAAAAAUUGCCUUUCGUUAAGGAAACGUUUCACAUCUGACGUGUUCUGUGUGGAAUAUAAUGACAGUAAUAACAGUACUGUGACGCUGACCUGCAGUGCCUCAAAGAGAGAUUGAUGUUUUUCUCAGUUCUAUGCAUUGACUUCACGGACACUGUCAGUGACACACUUUUCACACUAGUGUUGCACUACUAUUACUGCAUCUCUUCACCUCCAAAAGGAAUAGCCUGAAAUUCCUGCAUCAGUAAUGCAGGUUGGAUACAAGGCAUGAGUUGCUCUUAAAUGCUAACCAGAAGGCUAACAACCCUGAUUCAGACAUCACACCUGCUCUAGUUUGAGGUGAUGCCUUUGGUGUUACUGUAUCCCAAAUGAUAAGCUACUUGAACUGCCACAAAUUAGCGUGUCAACCAGAUUGCAUGCACUGACAAAGUAUUACAGAUACCAACUCUCAGCCUGGUUACAGUUGUAUUUGGGACAAUGCAUAUACACAUUCUGUUAACAAAUAUCAUUGUACACAUGAAUAUGAAGAAUAUCCUGGCUAUUAUAAUGGAAAACAGAGACAUACAAUCAGUAAUAUAAGGGGUUUUACAUGUCCUAGUAUCAAUUUUAAUAUUGGCAGAUGCCAGCUAUCAUAUCAGGAUUUCUAAUUAUCAGGAUGAGAGCUAAUUGCAUUUACCUGUGCUAACUCUUAUAUGGAGUACUUUACUGUUCUGAAUAGCACUAGACUGCCAAAUGCUUGGAAAGAACACGCAUUGUGUUUGUCUCAACCCAACCAGUAGAUGGAUGCCACAUUAGCUAUGGUUAGACUUGUUGUUUUAGCAUGAUUUUUUUUUUUUUUUUUAGAUUUGAUUCUUAAGAUUUGAUAGAAAAACGAGGAAAAUUGAUUUUUUUGUGUGUCCAGACCUGUUGGUGAAAGCUUCCCAAUGACAUCAAAUGAUAUGUAAUAACUGAGAAAGCAUGGAAUGUAGCCAUAGGCUGUUCAGCCAGGCAAAACUCUGACAUGUCAUCUGCUAGAGUAAUAUCUGAGGCAAUCCCUGUGCCUGUUCUCAGAGAGGGACGAGACGUUCCAGAUCAUGGUCACAGCUGCCAAGUGUGUUUGGUCUUUAUCCUCCACUCCCAUGCAGGUGUUGUCAGAUAUAUUAGGGCAGCAGGAUAGAGCGCUGGUUCGACUGGUUUAAUGCCCUCAUGCCUGCAGCCAUGCUGCUCGGGUGUCCUGAAGCGACGCUGGGACCCAGGUUCUAACAAGGGAAAGCAUUUGUCUCUGAUUUAUUAGCAUUUCCAGACCCAAGGAUUAAAAAAUCAUUGUCUGUGGGAGGAAUGAAUGGUGACUUCUUAAUUCCUUCAAAAUAAUUUGAUAUUUGUAUCAGCAAAUGUGCAUGAAAAAGGAGUAUUUUUCAGACAUUUCUAUAUCCUGAGCUGGAUCGGUGUUGUUCUAAAAAACAAAUAGCUAAGGGCUAAGUGGUUAUCCACCCAGCUGCAGUGACUCUCCUCUUCUUACUACUUUUGUUGUCAUCCUUCAACAAAGAUAACAGAACAGCCAGCUCUGAUGCUAGCAGUGUUGGCUUUUUGUUAGAAAAAUAAUCAGCUGGGUUGUAAAAGUGGCAGCAGAACUCAGUGGAUCUAGUCUUAUUUUAGAGAGAAACAUGCAGAUAAAAACAUACAAGGUUUAGACUCCAGCUUAAAUCACAGAUUGUGACAAGGAAUUGAAAUGAAAACCCCACAGAUUUUUGCUAUAGAGAAAAUGCAUUAGAUCUGUAAUUCCAGUAUAGGAAGUUUCAGAUUCAAAAUUCCAAAUUCCAAGUUCCAGUAUAGAAUUCAAGUGUAGGAUUAUCAUGCUAAUCACUAAGCGUAACCCCAUUCACUAAUGAAGCCUCUUGUGCUUGUGAUGGUCAUAAAAUUAUAUGACACCUUACUGCUCACAUUAUGCAUCUUGUACAAGAAGUCAUAUUUAAAUUGAAGGACUUAGCUUCUCAGAAUGGCUGCUAUAGUAUCUGAAUGACUGAUCUUAUGCGUUCUACAACCAUCAAACAGACUGUGGGGUCCAGCACUGUGCAGUCCAGCUCAGAGCAGAGAAGUUACUGGACAGUGCGCAGGUGCCACACCUGGUGGAGAACUCUUAAAGCUGAGGGACGCAAUGCACUAUAGGUAGUGAAGGGGGCUAUUUUGCUGCUGCAACUUGAUUUGCAUUCAUUGCACUGCAUUAUUAGCUGAAGCAGCUGAGAAGCAAAAAAUUCAGAGACUGACAUCAGAGCGCGUGUAAGUGUGGAUCUGAAUCCACAUUAGCUCCACAGGUGCUGUUGUGUAAUCUGUACUGUGCUAUGACCUCCCAUGUGGAGGGAAGAGAGUCAAAACACGAAUUGCUCCUUUGGGGAUCAGCGGAGUGUUUAGCAGCUGAUUGCAGUAUACAUUAGCUGGAACGAAUCCAGAGUGUUCAGAUUGGGGUCAGGGCCCAAGGCUGAGCUGGAUGAUGAUAUUGUGUCUGGGAGGGAGCGCUGUGUGUUAUGCUGCUUUACAAAAGAUAUUUAAAAGGUACUUUGCGGUUAAAGCUAUAAAGACAAGUGCCUUUGGAAAAAAUGAUGGAAAAAAAAGUAUUGAUACAAGGCACAAGGAAGCAGACAGGCUGCUAGAAGGAGGAAGUCAGAGAGACAAGGACUAUAUUGGUCUGCUGUGGUAUGAGCUGACGGAGAGGCGCAGUAGGCUCACUGUUAUGAAGGCUGCACUCCGCUGCUGCGUUUUUCCAGCUGGUCCGCUCGCCCAGCCUUAUUGAGUGCAGAUGGCCUAAUAAAACAUGUUGUUUUGAAACAGGUUAAAAUGGACGCCCAAUGAAUAGAGUCCUGGGGUUAGGAUCGUCUCUCACCAGCCAAUAAAUCUCACUCUUCUUGGAUCAAAACAGUGGAGCUGAUUCUCCGUUGAAUUGUUUGAGUUGUACAGUUAUUAACCAACUUAAAGCCAGACUUGGCAGGGGUAAACAGAUGGAGGAGCAAUGCGAUACACAGUGGAUGCGAUUCAGUUCCUCUCCUGUCAUGGACGUUGUGAAAGGGGCCUGGUUUGUCAGAAGUAAAUCGGAUGAAAAUCACACAUUAUUCUGACAUAAUGAAUUUCCCCAGGUUCUUGAAUGGGUUGUGUUUUUUCGUGUGUGCUGUUGGAAUCGCCUAUUUGGAGUCACUUUAGCCAGAUGAGAGUGGACUUGGAGGACAAUUUUGAAGUAGCAUGUGAAGAGGUGUUGGCAGCACUGAGAGAAGUCAUUGUCUGGAUAUACAACAACUUUCUCCGUGCUUUUUUGUUGUCUUUCAUGUUCUCCCUCUCUCUCUUUCUCUCUCUCUCUCUCUCUCUCUCUCUCUCUGUCUCUGUCUCUCUCUGGUUCCAGCUCAUAUCCUGAGAGAGACAGAGGCACUGUUAGAGCUGCUCUCACAAACACAAUCUGCAGCCAACACUUCUGUUCCGCAGAUCAUUUUAGGACUGAGCUGAACUGUGUGGGUGUGUGUGUGUGUGUGUGUGUGUGCGUGUGUGUGUGUGUGCAAAGUAGUGUACGUGCCAGGAUGCACAUACAGGCAUGCAUUUAUGGGUGUGUCUUUGCGUACGUGUGUUUAUGUGCUUGCAUUUCUCUUCAUCGAACGCACUCGGUGUAUCAAGCACACUGCUCCCUGAUGGAAGUUCAUUCAGUUCCCAUCACCACCAUAGUCAUUAAUGCUCACUGUGUUUCAGUUUUUUCAUAAUUAAAACAAUAAAACUGCUGUUGUAGUACUCUAAUCAAUAACCAUACUUAGGCACCAUCAUCUCAAGUCAUAAUUAAUAAUCUAGUUGCAAGAGGAUUAUCGAUUCAGUGCGGUUACGCCAUUAUAUACUACAGUUUUGAUCAGAGUUUGUCCAGUGGGUCUUGGAAGGGUUUCAUCACCUAAAAGGUUGCAGAUUUUUUUAACCUGUUGUAGAGGAUUUAAUCCAUUGUAUAAUUCAGUUAAAAAAAUCAGCUCUCCCAAUGACAAGAAUCAGAUUUUUUUUUUUUAACAACCUUAUGGUGUACAAUGAAUCCUACAUUCUGGCACUGAAGGCACUUUCUGACUGUUUCUUUUCACUACUGCACUACAUGGAUAUGAGAGCUGGUUACAGGGCGUUGGUGGUAAUUUUUCAAUACUAAUACCCCUGAGUCCAGUUCUCAGUCACAACUCUACUCUGUGCCUUUCUUUACUGAAUGAAAACACAUUUUAUUAUGCAAAAGGGUGAAUUAUUUUCCUGUGUAACAGCUAUGGAUGCCAUCUGGUUUAGUAAAUACAGCCAGACCACACCAAAUUGAUUUCCUCGCUACAGCAGUGUAUAAACAAGGAGCAAAACUUGAGUUACUGUUGCACGAGUGUAGCAUUUUAAAGCUUUUCCGCUGCUUUCUGUGCACCUUUUCAUGGCUUCAAAUCAACUCUCAUGCCACACAGAAAGACAGAAAGGUAUUGUUCUGUGACUCCCACCCAUAAUACUGGCAGACACUGUGCUUGCUGGGCCUUUUUGCAGCCAGAGGUCUGCGUUUAGUCACUCCCAUCUGGUGAACUGGCAAUUACACACCUCCACAAAACCACCUUUAAUGGUUUUCAGACAGGGCGUUUAGAAUAGCUCAUCAGAUUUGUUCCCAUCAUCACCCAUCACAGAGUCUUUAAAAACGGCUGGAACAUUCCGCCACCACCAAACCGGUGAAAUGAGAUCACUGGGUUUUUUGGUCUUGAGAUCACUCUCUUGUGCUGAUGCCUGAACCUUUUUUCUUUCUUUUGUUCUCUCUCUCUUGCUCUCUCUCUCUCUCUUUCUUAAGAUAUACAUUACAGCACCUUAAGUACUUGUAUCAGGGAAUGUUAUAAUUCAAAAGUAAAAUCUAAUGACUAUUAAUAACCCUAGGCUUUGUGCCUUGAGAUCACUUGUACACAUUGCUAUUUGAAUGGCAGAUCUGAAUAUUCACGUCCUACGACAUGUUUGAUGAGUCAUCAGCGAAUCAUGUAUUGUUUAAAGAACAGAGUGUGUAUUUGGAAAUGGAUUUGCAAGUUUAAUUUGUAUAUAAUUUGGUUGUUUAAGCGGAUUAUAUAUAAAAAAAAAAAAAAAAAAAAAACGAAGAAUAAAAAAAGCUUAGUUGUUUAUGAUGAAAAUGACGGUGUGGACUGUUCCUGUUGUCCACAAACUGUGCUGCUGUAUAGUCUGUGAUAAUAAAAAGCAAUACAAGCGG